AUGGAGAGGAUACGCGUUAGUAAGGUCGAAGAUGUAUACCUUCUGCGCAGAGGCACACGCUUCGACGGCACCCUCCACCUGAUGCCCCACCACAUCGUUUUCAGCUACCUACCAAGCACGCCCGCCGACGCGCCGCCAGACGCGAAACCGGCCCGCCAGAAAGAAGUAUGGAUCACCUAUCCAAUGAUCAACUACUGUUGUCUGAAGUCAUGUCCACCCGUUAUGCGCCAGCAGCCGUCGAUCCGCAUACGGUGCCGCGACUUCACCUUCUUCGCCUUCUUCUUCCCAGACGAGAAGAAAGCUCGCGACGUAUACGAUAGCAUUCGCGCCCUGUCUUGUAAGAUAGCGCGUCUGGACAAACUGCUAGCAUUCAGCUACCAGCCGAAACCUCCGGAGGAUCAGUUCAACAGUUGGGACAUCUACGACGCACGACGAGAGUUCAAGCGCUUGGGGAUAAGCCCCAAAGAUACAGAGAAGGGCUGGCGUAUAUCUGAAAUCAACGUUGAAUACAAGUACUCGAAGACAUACCCCGCUCUCAUCGCCGUACCUUCAAAAGUCUCAGACAGUGUUCUGCGGUACGCCGGCGCAUACCGCUCGAGACAACGCAUACCUGCCCUCGUCUACCGCCACCCGCUCAACAAUUGCUCGAUAACACGAAGCUCACAGCCCACGCCGGGUAUCACGGGAAAUCGCAACCCACAGGACGAAAGGCUUGUGGCAGCUAUAUGGGCUACAAAUCGUGGCUGGAACCCUGCACCAACGCCGGACACUGCUCGGUCCACGGCCGAUCUGACAAUCGAGAACGAUUCCAGCACUGAGAGCUCAUUUGUGGGUGUAGUGGACGCUGAAGCUGCCAGCACGGGGAGGACUAUCGUGGACGACCUGAGCGGAUCUGCUGAGUCUGACGAGAACGGACCCAAGGUCUAUGGCGCGCAACAACGAAACCUCAUUGUCGAUGCGCGACCGACUGUUAAUGCAUACGCGAUGCAAGCUGUUGGACUGGGCUCCGAAAAGAUGGAUCACUAUCCAGGUGCUGAAAAAGCGUACCUUGGAAUCGACAACAUCCACGUUAUGCGGAAGUCGUUGAACACGGUUAUCGAUGCCUUGAAGGAGUCAGAUCUGACAUCGUUCCCACCUAAUCAGCAGCUGUUGGCUAAGAGCGGCUGGGUCAAGCAUACAGCAAACAUCCUGGACGGCGUAGCACUGAUUGCACGUAGGGUUGGCAUCAUGCAUUCACACGCUCUCAUCCACUGCUCAGACGGAUGGGACCGCACAAGCCAGCUUAGCGCUCUGAGCCAAAUACUGCUCGACCCUUACUACCGAACAAUGGAGGGCUUCAUUGUGCUUGUGGAGAAGGAUUGGCUCUCAUUCGGCCACAUGUUCCGGCACCGGACUGGCUUCCUCAGUCACGAGAAGUGGUUUUCAAUCGAGAAUGAGCGCAUCGAACGCAAGAACGAUGGACAAGGUGGCGGUAACGCAUUCGAGAAUGCUCUACGUGGAGCAAAAGGCUUCUUCAAUCGAGGUAACGAGUCCAGUGAGUCUUUGAACCAACUACCGGAGACGAACAGCACAGAGCACGUGGGAGAUGUAUCGGACGCGGCGACGACCAAGCCAUCUAGCAAGAUUGGCGCUGCUGAGGAACACCGUAUUACCAAGGUCAACGAGCUGUCGCCGGUCUUCCAUCAGUUUCUCGACUGCGUCUACCAACUCCAGUAUCAGCAUCCCACACGCUUCGAAUUCAGCGAACGUUUCUUACGGCGUCUGCUUUACCACCUUCACUCGUGUCAGUACGGCACCUUCCUCUUCGACAAUGAGAAGGAGCGUAUGGAGGCUAGAGCAAAAGAGCGUACAAGGAGUGUAUGGGACUACUUCCUCUGCCGUAAGCAAGAGUUUAUGAACCCAAAAUACGACCCUGAAAUCGACGACUCGGUACGAGGCAAGGAGCAUAUGAUCUUCCCACGCAAGGGUGAGGCUAGAUGGUGGGCCGAGUGUUUUGGACGUACAGAUGAUGAGAUGAACUUGUACGGUCCUCAGCUACCUCCAAGCCUCACAUCUCAGACUAGCAAUGUAUCGAACGGUAGAAGCGGAGCAAAUACACCACUACGGAAUGAGGCUAUCGUGACUGGCACCGAGACGGCCGAGAACGCAACUGGUGCAGGCACGACUGCUGAUCUACCUCCCACACACGCCAUAGGAGAACGCUCCAGUAGCGUCUCAGCAACUUCGCCAACACCAUUCGAUGCCGCAGCAGCAUUGGGACAAGAUCUCAAGCAAGGUCUUGUUGCCGGCAUCGGAAGAUUAGGUAUCGGCAGCAUCAGCCCCAGACCAAGCACAGACUCGAGCAGACCGUCAGCGAGACCGAGUACCGAUUCGGGUGCACAUCAUGAGAAAGAGCGGAGUCGGAGCGGGAGUAAGGACAGAAGGGGGGAGGUCGAGGUGGAGAUGCAAUAG